UGCAUUACGCACUUGUCACCACGCGCGCCAGCGAGCUGUUUGUACUGGAAAUCAACGAAUUCAGGCUGGAGUUCCGCUGAGUCUGACCGCCGGGGCGAGAAUUUCUACCGAGGCUAAACCACUGCUACAAGGGAGCAAAGUCGAGAAAGUUUCGUUAGAACGCUUCACAGAGAAGGUUCUGGAGUUAGUGCUGUAUUUGGAGCAGCUUGUUUAGAGAGAGAGAAAGAGAGAGAGAGAGAGAGAGAGAGAGAGUGAAUGACGAGCAGAUUUCCAGCCUGCCAGCCGGAAUGCGACGCUUGUUGGGUUGCGUUAAAGACUUAGCCUGUUAGCAUGGCAUGUUUAUCUUGACACGGAUAACUAAGUGUAGCUAUAUUUUAUAUAUAGCUACCCAACUGUAACUAUAUUUAUUAUGUAAUAAUGUAUAAAAUAAUAGUUUUUUAGUGUUAGGGCUUAUGCCAGGGUACUUGAAGGCUGGUCGCAUGUUGUUGGGAUCGGUCGCUUAGCAAACGGUAAUGAGCAGCUUUACGAAUAAGACGCCUUUCAUUAGUCCACCGGAGAGUCCUGAAAAUGUUGAUUCCGUCGUCGGGAGCACAAACUGGGGCCUCGGUAAUGACCGGUUCCCGUGCUCCUACGAUGAAUCCCUGGCGGUGCAGUCGGAUGUGGAGAGGCGCCUGGGGCUUCUCCAUAACCGGCAGGACCCCAUGGCGCUGCGCUUGGACCAGACUUACCGGAGCGGUGCCGAGUCCUACCUCGACGUCUCUCAGCUGGACUACAGCGAGAACAACGGGAACACGAGUCCGCUGGAGAGCAGGAGAAAACACCGCUCCGGCGCUCCCAGACCGCGCUUUGAGGUCGUGGCGGAACUCGGCCCGGAAGAAGUGCGCUGGUUUUAUAAGGAAGACAAGAAGACGUGGAAACCUUUCGUCGGGCACGACUCCCUGAGAAUCGAGCUCAUGUACCGCAAACUGUGUGAACUGAAUCCGGACCAGGAGAGCAGCUCAGGCCACGCGGUACCGGACGGAGAGGAUCCGUGUGAGCAUGCGUCAGCUGUGGCCUCGGUACAGAGCUCCGAACAGCUCGAGGAGACAGAGCUGGAGAUCAGCACUGAGGCAGUGUGUGUCCGAGGAGGACUCUACGAGGUGGAUGUCCGAGAGAAAGAGUGCUAUCCUGUGUACUGGAACCAGCAGGACCGCAUCCCUGUGAUGAGGGGACAGUGGUUUAUAGACGGCACAUGGACACCCAUGGAGGAGGAUGAGAGUGAUCUCCUGGAGAAGGAGCACCUGACGUGCUUCCGGGGACAACAGAUGCAGGACACUUUAGAAAAUGAUGUGGUGGCCAAGACAGUGGAUAGCAAAGAUGUUCUCUCCCACCUCCCUCCUUUCUACCUCCCCUUUCUGUUCAAAUGGAGUGGAUAUCAGACGAGUACUAAAAGCCACAAGCGAAAGCGUUGCCAAGCCAUCCACAGCUUAAAGCUGAGUCGCAGCCAUGUUGACUGGCACAGUGUUGAUGAGGUGUAUCUGUACAGCGAUGCCACCACCUCCAAGAUUGCUCGCACUGUUACGCAGAAGCUCGGCUUUUCGAAAGCCUCAAGCAGUGGCACCAGGCUUCAUCGAGGCUAUGUGGAGGAGGCCUCCUUGGAAGAUAAGCCACCUCAGACAACCCACAUUGUCUUUGUUGUGCAUGGCAUUGGACAGAAGAUGGACAAAGACCGUAUUAUCAAGAACACAGGCAUGCUGCGAGAGGCUGUGCGGAAAAUGGAAGAGAAACACUUUGCUGAGCACACUGAGGAGCAUGUGGAGUUCCUGCCAGUAGAGUGGCGCUCCAAAUUGACCCUGGAUGGAGACACAGUCGACUCCAUCACGCCAGAUAAGUUGCGGGGGCUGAGAGACUUACUGAACAGCAGUGCCAUGGACAUCAUGUAUUACACCAGCCCUCUCUACAGAGAUGAGAUUACUAAAGGUCUGACCCAGGAACUCAACCGACUGUAUUCGCUCUUCUGCUCUCGGAACCCAGAGUUUGAGCAGAAGGGGGGCAAAGUAUCCAUCAUUUCCCACUCUCUAGGUUGUGUGAUUGCGUAUGACAUAAUGACAGGCUGGGACCCAGUGCGUUUUCGCCUGCAGGAGCUUCAGGAACCUGAUGAGGAGGAGCUGCGCUGGAUGAGCUACAAAGAGCGCCAUCUGUUGGAGCAGGUGCAACAUGCCAGAAAAAGGUUGCGAGAACUGGAGGAUCAGCUUCAGGGUCUGGAGGCUACUAAACCUCCAGCUGCUCCUGAAUUGAAGUUUAAGGUGGAGAACUACUUCUGCAUGGGCUCUCCCCUAGCUGUAUUCUUGGCCUUGCGUGGCAUUCGACCAGGGAACAGUGGAUACCAGGACCACAUCAUGCCGAAAUCUAUCUGCCAGCGCCUUUUCAACAUCUUCCACCCCACAGACCCAGUGGCCUAUCGACUGGAGCCUCUUGUGUUGAAACACUACAACAAUAUUGCACCUGUUCAAAUACACUGGUGCAACACCUCCAAUCCCACACCAUAUGAUGAAAUGAAACCCACGUUCCUGAACCCAGUAAAGGAUCCAGCUUCAGACACAGAGAGUCUCCCCAGCCCCAGUACAUCACCCGUAAUGUCCCGCCGACUCUAUGGAGAUUCCUUCACCACACUGGGCAAGGCCAGCAUACUGGGUGCUGCCAGCAUUGGAAAAGGCAUUGGAGGAAUGUUGUUUUCCCGUUUCUCACGCUCCAGUAGUCAACCAUCAGGAGUGGAUUCUGCAGCAGUGGAAGGUGAAGAGAAGAGCCAGUCGGCAUAUGGCCUGUCUACCAUGUCCCAGUCUACCUCCAACAUCAUUGAUACUGCAGUGGAGCUGGAGCACCGCAUUGACUUUGAGCUGCGGGAAGGCUUGGUUGAGAGCCGCUACUGGUCGGCAGUCACCUCUCACACAGCCUACUGGACCUCUCAUGAUGUGGCCCUGUUCCUGCUGACCUUCAUAUACAAAUCACAUAGCUCAUCUGAGACGUGGGAAGACAAUCCCGACCCUGAGUGACCCAGCGAUAUGACAUGAACACAAACAAACAAAAAGACAUGUUCUCACACAGAUAGAUCUGUCCUCUCCCGUAGAGAUAUGAAAACACUCAAGCACACUCCCUUUCUCAUUUUGCCUCAUAAAAUUGCUUCUUUGUCAUACAAAGACUGAUUACCAUUUUUCCUGUUGCUUGUGCAGCAACCUUUCCCAUUAACCCAGUAACCAUCGACUCCUACAGGGCAAACUCUUUGAUACACUGAGUAAACCUCUAGUCCUAGGAACAUUUUGUAAGGCUUUGUUAUGGGUGCUGUUGAGGCCUUUUCAGCCAGUCCCAUUCCAUGCUUAGCAUUAGGUAUACUUGGCUCUGCAAGACCUGUUUGUGUGUUUGCUUCGCCAACCCUUGACUAGUCCACAUGGUUUAUGUAGCUUCGUCUUAUCCAAAGCCUAAACCCAACGUCAUUAAGGGCAAACAACAAACAAGCAUGGACCCCUCCGUCCUGUUAAUGUCCGUUCCUUUUGUCUGUUUAUUCCUCAUUUACACAAUGGUAAAUAUAUCAACAUGAGACACUUACCUAGCAAAUGCUCAAUGCAACACUCAGAUUCUUUAUUUAUUGUUAUAGUAAUAUAUCUAAUGAUUGUGCAUAGCACUCUAAUUUUUGGGAAAAGUAUUUCAAGAUUUAGAUGUUUAUUUUUACUUUAAUAUUCCUGGAGAAUACUGGACCUCUUUAAUGUCUGUUUCAAUGUUUCAAUAUUUGGAUUCUCAAACUGGAGAAUAGUGAACCAUUAACAAAAAGGAAUAUCCUUUUUAUACAGCAGAUAAAUAAUAAGAAGCAAUUAUCAUAUUCCGUUGAUUUUACAACCAGAUGGUGCUGUAGGGAAACAAAGUUAACAGUGCGUUUUAUUAAACCAGUAAUCUGCCUGAUUCUACUUUGCAUGGCGUUUGAGAAUGAAAUUGCUGCUGCAUUAAUUUUGUAGCCAAACUUAACCUUUUACAAUCCUGCCUGGGUCAGGCCAUGUGUUGAUACAUGAACAUACUGCAUAUGUGUGCUGGUGCAUUGUUACUUUGGAGUAUUAGAACUACUGUGUAGCUUCAAAGAGAUUGCCUCAUUGUUUAUUAUUAUUUCAGCCUGAUUUCAGCCAAAUACAGUGGAGUGGAAUCAAAUAAACUGACUGGGUGAUCUGCUUUAUGUAAUUACACUAGUAAUUAGGCCAAGAUCAUGUGAGUGGACUCAGAGAUUAGGCAGUACUUUCCGAUGUUCCUUUGCCUCAUGGUAGUGUGAUAUUCAGGCACCGUUUACCUUUAGGCCCAUAGUAAUAAACAGAGAUUCUAUAUUUUUAUAUAUAUAGUUAUCAAUUGUGAAAUGACAGUAAUGGUCCUUCAAAAUUGUGAUAUUCAAUUGAGAGGCCAAAUGUUUUAGCUAUAAAACUGCUACUCAUAGAAGUACUGUUAGUUCAUGUUAAAGCUUUUAGUCUUGUGUCUUUUAAGCACUUUUGAGAUGUUAGAUAUGCAAAGGGGAGAGAAUGACCAGAGGGGAUUAUCAGUAAAAAAUGAAAUGGUACUUCAACAGUAUCUACUCUGUUUAGUGUCUGCAUUGUGUUUGAAAUCCCAAAAGGCCAUGCUUCACCCCUCUAUGGCAAGGGCUGCAUUAUGGUGAUUUAUUUUGUUUUUAUCGCUGUGUGCCCACACAAGUGCAGUUAGUAAGUGUUAGUUAGCCUGUGUGGCUAUUUAAAAAUGGCCAGGUUGCCUUUGAGGACCACAGAGCCAAUCCUCUGUUGGGAAGCUGACGUGGCUUUUCCCCUCGCACUGAAGGAUGAACUACAGUUAUUUAUGACUCACUGUUAUUGUUGGCAGUAGGAACAGAAAUUAAUGAAGGACCAGACCUUGCACAUUACUGCAUGGCUAUAAAUUGCACAGAACAGAAUAAAAGACCCUCCUGAUGUGCAUUUCUGUUUUUGCUACUUCAUAUAUUGCGUUAUGGAAGAAAAUGCACUUUGCUCAGUUGCUUGAAAAUUGUGAUAACAUUAUCCAUUUAAACAUUAAUCACUGGCAAAAAAAAAAAAAAAAGUAAGAGGUUUUUACUCUGUCAUGGAGGGUUUGUUCUUUGGGACAAGUUUUUUUUGUUAUUUUCCUGCAGGCCAUGUCUCAGCAUCUCUGCAUGCUCCAGUAAUACCAAUGACUAAUGGAAUAAUUUGAAACAAUUUACAAUCUUUGUAAAUGCAGUAGUACAUUUUCUGCAUUAGUGCUGCUUUGAGAUUUUCAGACCAGUAAUUAAGAGAUUGGCAUAUGCAUCAGAUUCAGAUGGUUCACCUAAACACUUGGCAUGGGCACAAUAAGUAAACAUGUACUUCAGUAUACAAUACGCAGGUUGUGGGCUUUACUCAGAUGCAUGCUCAGGUUUGAGAUUUUUUUGUGAUGUUAAGAGAUACGAUCUCUGGUCUUUGUGAAUAACGCUCAAUCUAAGCUACACAUUUUUGUAUUUGCUAAUUUAUUGUUUGCCUUUUGUCAGGGCAUCUCACCAACUUGUUAUUGGAGAAAUUCAUGACUAAUCUUACAGCAUGGUAUACUAAAGAAUCCUCUCUUGUGUACAUUGGUCUGUAGAAUUCAGUUAAAAGGCCAGUCUCCACUACAAGUUAUUGAUUAAUCCAAAAAAUAAGAAAUGUCCCAAACGACUGUUAUUUAAAUGCACUAAGACAUUGAGCUUGGAAAGACAUGCUGUGCAAUAACCCAUGCCUGUAAUGGAUUCAAACUGCCAUCGGAAUAACACUGUAUUUAUUUCAGUUUAUUAAAGCAUUACUGUUUUUGA